AUGACUGCAAACUCAUUGCUCUCUGCGCCGGAAAAGAACAAUAUGUAUGUACUAGGUAAAUUGAUUGAACCUUUGUGCCACCAGGGCAUAUACUCUGUUCGAGAGGUCAGUAACUUGUUCGUUCGACUCUAUAAGUGCACUGGUGAGUGGAGUGGGGCAGACAAACCUGGCUCAAAAAAUCUUGAAGGCUCUCCUUAUUUCUCCCCUAUAUUCCACAGCUCCAAAUCUCCCCUUCCUCCUAUGCGCCAGAUCAUUUAAGGUAACCCACUUUCAAACGCCGCAAUGAUCUUUCCUUCCGGGACUCUGCUACGGUUUGUGUGUAAAUGUUGAUAGUACACCUCAUCAUCGGGUCCUUUAUCAAGGUCUUUCCAGGAAGUAAGUGAUACUCUCACAACAGAACUGCUUUCAAACUUCAUGUGGGCCCUGUGUUCGGUUCGACAAUGGCGACAUCGCAAAAUGGUGCUGUCUUCCCAAGAAUCGAUGCUCCUACAAUCCGGGUAUAUAAAAUACUCCGAUCGCCUGUCAGAGGGUUGAUUGUAGCGAGACUCUUCAAAUCCGAGAAGAUUUAUAUCAGGAUUUAG